AUGGUUGCUGUCAAGAAUAUCUGCUGUAUCGGUGCCGGCUAUGUCGGCGGUCCCACCUGCGCUGUCAUCGCUUACAAGUGCCAUGACAUCAAGGUCACCAUUGUUGAUGUGAAUCCCGCCCGUAUUGAAGCUUGGAACUCGGACAAGCUCCCCAUCUACGAGCCCGGUCUUGAAGAAGUCGUCUUUGACCGCCGUGGCAAGAACUUGUUCUUCUCUACUGAUGUUGAUUCCGCCAUCCAGGAGGCUGACCUCAUCUUUGUCUCCGUCAACACCCCCACCAAGAAGUCCGGUAUGGGUGCUGGUAUGGCUGCUGAUUUGGCUUAUGUUGAGAGCGCUACCCGCCGUAUUGCUGAGGUCGCAAAGAGCUCCAAGAUUGUCGUUGAGAAGUCCACCGUCCCUUGUCGCACUGCUCAGAGCAUGCGCACCAUUUUGGAAGCCAACUCCACCCCCGAGGUCUCGUUCCAGAUCCUCUCUAACCCUGAAUUCUUGGCUGAGGGUACCGCCAUCGACGACUUGUUCGCCCCCGAUCGUGUCUUGAUCGGUGCCUUGCAGACCGAAGAAGGCAUUGCUGCUCAGACCGCAUUGGUCGAUGUCUAUGCCAACUGGGUCCCCCGUGAGCGCUGCAUUACCACCAACUUGUGGUCGUCUGAACUGUCCAAGUUGGCUGCCAAUGCCAUGUUGGCCCAGCGUAUCUCGUCCGUCAACGCCUUGUCUGCCAUCUGUGAGGCCACUGGUGCCGAUGUCGACGAAGUCGCCUUUGCAUGCGGCCGCGACUCGCGUCUUGGCUCCAAGUUCUUGAAGGCAUCCGUCGGUUUCGGUGGCUCGUGCUUCCAAAAGGACAUUUUGAACUUGGUCUAUCUGUCCGAACAAUUGAACCUGCCCGAGGUUGCUGCCUACUGGAAGCAGGUCGUGAUCAUGAACGAAUACCAAAAGAAGCGUUUCGUCCGCAAGAUCAUCUCGACCUUGUUUAACACCAUCACCAAUAAGAAGAUCGCUGUCUUGGGUUUCGCUUUCAAGAAGGAUACUGGUGACACCCGUGAGUCUGCUGCCAUCACCUUGAUCAAGGACUUUAUCCAGGAACACGCCCGUGUUGCCAUCUAUGAUCCCAAGGUCGAGCACGAACAGAUCUACAUGGACUUGUGCGAACCUGGUGUCGUUGAUACCCGCAAGGAAGUCGAGAAGCAUAUUCAGAUCUGCGCUUCCCCCUAUGAGGCUGCUGAUGGCGCUGAUGCCGUCGUCAUUGUGACCGAGUGGGACGAGUUCCGUGACGAGAACUUGGACUAUGCCAAGAUCUACCAGGGCAUGCACAAGCCUGCUUUCUUGUUCGAUGGCCGUUUGAUGCUCAACGCUGCCAAGUUGCGUGAGAUUGGUUUCAAGGUCAACGUCAUUGGCAAGAACGAGCUUGCUGGAACUGCAUAA